AUGGCCAGGGUACGACGCGCGAACGACGACUACUACAAGAUCCUCGGCAUCGAGAGGGGCGCGACCGACGACGAGAUCAAAAAGGCGUACCGAAAGACCGCGCUGAAGCUCCACCCGGACAAGUGCCAGGCGACUGGCGCGGACGAGGUGUUCAAACAGGUUUCGCGCGCGUUCGCGUGCCUGUCCGACGCGGAUAAGAAGGCGGCGUACGACAGGUACGGCACGGAG